AUGUCUUCAAUCACACUCUCAGACCUCGAAUUCAUAGACCGCGAAACCCUCGCUUCAACUUUUACUCCCUCCACCUCUGAAGCCACAGGUGCACAGCCUAAACGCAGUCUCCCGGCCUCCACAGCUAUCAUCGACGUGCGCGACAGCGACCACAUCGGCGGCCACAUCCGAGGUUCCACAUGGGUCCCCUCCAGCGAUCUCGACUUCAAGCUACCCGAACUCCUACGCACACUACAAGACAAGGAGACUGUAGUUUUCCACUGUGCGUUGAGUCAGCAACGGGGUCCUAGUGCUGCGUUGAGGUAUCUAAGGGAGAAGGAGAGAGUGGAGGGAAGUGGGGGAGUGGAGUCGAAGGGCGAAGAAGGGAAGGAAGGGGGGAAGAAGCAGAAAGUGGUGGUGCUUAAGGGGGGUUUUACGGAGUGGCAGGAGAAAUAUGGCAUGGAUGAGGAGUUGACGGAGGGGUAUAAGAAGGAUGUUUGGGAGUUUGGGUCGUGA